AAUAAUCGCUUCAGUCGCAUCCCACGAACCUCGCUACUGAUUCAUCAUCACUUCGCUCUUCCCAAUUUAUUAGAAACUCCAGAACCACAAACCGCAAAUAUGUCUUUCUUCGGAAUGGGCCGCCCCAAGCUGUCUUCGGACGAGAAGAUCGCCAUGGCUGAGCAGGAGAUGCGUCUGCUGGCUGAUAUGCACAACCGCCUGACCAAGAUCUGCCAAACCAAGUGCCUCCCCGACUACCGCGAGGGCGACCUCAACAAGGGCGAGUCCGUCUGCCUCGACCGCUGCGCCGCAAAGUUCUUUGAGGCGCACAUGAAGGCCUCCGAGGUGAUGCAGAACGAGAGCCAGAAGAGAGGCGGCGGCGGUAUGGGUGGUGGCAUGUUCUAA